UUAGUUCGCCUUCUCUCGGCUAUGUAUAGUCGUACUUCUACACGUAGUUAUUCGGCGAGAAGAAAACACGCUGACUAUGAAUAUUUUAGAUAAGCUUGAGCCAAUAGGUAUCCGUAUUGGUGACUGACAUGAAUCCAGUAUUUGGCACUAUGAAUUGUUAGGACUUACAUGGACUUUGUUUAUACAAUAGGGGUUAAAGUUCUGAAUAUUUUGUUGUUAUAUCACUAUUUUCUUAUAUGCAUUUGAUAAUUUGAUCAUUGAGGAAUUUGCAUAGUUGGGUUUGUUGUUUUUGUUUCACUCAAAAUUCUCGUCCUCUUAAACAUGGUUUACAAUUUACUUUGCUCUCGAAAUUAUUAUUUAAAGCAUCAAUCGAUUUGGCAAAGAAACCCUCACCGGUUUCUUCUAAAAGCGUUAAUAUGAUAUCUUGUACCCCUUUGUCGGCCACUGUUAUAUCAUUAUAACGUAAUUAAUUAGGAUGAUAUUCUUUUAUUCAGAUAGACCGUCCCACGGGGGAUAUUUACGUGAAAUGGUACCUCUAUUGUUUAUGGCCAUAUCAUUUGGUGUCACUUUCCAUAACGUUAUUCUUUUACUCAACUAGAAGACACUAAUAAGUUAAACUUGGUACAAAUUGACUACCGUUCUGCAAUACAACAAUUUAAAUUUUGCAGAGGAUUACCACUGAGUUAUGAUUUUGAGACGCCCCCUUUAUCACCAUUACCGCUGACAUUUCAAAUACUACUGUGGUUUGCUGUUCUGUAUUAGUAAUGAGUUGGAGUAUGGGGCCGUUACAGACAGUCCGUGAAAUGAUAGCGUAGAUUGAAAUAGGCCGACGAUAUGUGUUAAAAGGUAAACUUUGUCACAGCGAGGCUAAUAGUUUCUGGAGAGGUAAGGUAGCUGGACAAAAUGACGGAGAGACGAACAAGUUUGGACGCAGAUUGUUCUGAGCAUGAGGAAAUAUCACUUCGGGAAAUCGAUAAGCAAGAUACAGACGAAUAUAUUCAUCCCGAGGAGGUCAAUAAGCAAGUCCAGGAAUCUAUAAUAACAGAACUUCGACAUAACCAGGCCACACGUUUUAAGUUCAUUCUUAGCUUCUGUGCUACCUUCGCCUAUUCCAUGUUGGCGUGCUUAUUUUCCAUCAGGGAUGGUGUAAAGGACAAAAUGGCCCGGCGUUUUUGGACAUUCUGUACAUUUCGGGUUCAGAUCUGGAAGAAGGAUCCGCUUUUAUGACAUCAUAUAGCACAGGUUGUGCGAUAGGAUCCAUUAUUGGGGGAACAGUUUACUCCAAAGUGAACAGAUACUUGUUACUAGUUGUAGCUUUGCUGAUUUACAGUCUCACACGUGCAUUUAUCCCAUGGUGUGUUCUUUAUGAACUCAUGAUAACCGUUCAUGCGGUUCAUGGUAUUAGCGGUGGAAUUAUUAGUGUAGUUAUGACAUCUACUGCUGUUUCAAUAUGGGGAGCUACAGCUAGGGGGAGAGUGUACCUAAACAUUUUCCUAGUGUCUGACGGGGCAGCCGGCCUUAUUUCACCUAUCGCUACUUCUCCAUUCCUACUGCCGAGAUCAAUUGACGCAGACAAACGUAGUGACCCAUGGAACAUUUCAAAUAACAUCGCUAAAACAAAUAUGUUUAGUAUGAAGGGAAAUAUUUCAUCCACCAUUCACAAUCCACAAUCGAACCUAACAAAUACUGAAAUACCAACGUCCAACGUUUAUAUUGCGUAUGCUUUAUCAGCCGGAUUGGUCUUCUUAUCAACCCUUCCAUUCAUUGUGAUGUGUUGCAAACCUUCUACACACGACACAAAAGGUAGGGCUCACGAACAAUCACAUUAUAUAGGAAAUUUAUCUGUAACUGCUAAACGUAUUCAGUUAGUUAAUGUUGGACUAUUUUCAACAUUUUACAUGUCGGUCAACUUUGUAUUUACUGGAUAUCUGCCUGCCUUUUGCGUCCAGCAUCUACGAUGGACAAAGAUUUUCGGGGCAUGGCUGACUUCAGAACUAUUUCUUGCAAUGCUCGGCGGAAGGUUAUUUGGUGCGUAUAUAUCCCAUUUCCUUAAACCUAUAAAGUUACUUGCAUUUUCAACCGUAUUGCACGUCAUGGGUCAAGCUGGACUUUCUGUUAGUGGAUUCUUUGUAGCUGAUGAAGGGAUAUGGAUAUCUGUGUGUGUCAUAGGUAUUGCUUGGGGAUUAAUGUGGCCUAGUCUGUUAAGUUGGACAAACGAGAAUUUAAUUUCAGUUCGCGGAAAAGUGACUGCAUUCAUCAUGUUAAUGGGUUUCCUUGGAACACUAUUAAGUCCUUUAUUAUUUGGUUACAUGAUGGAAGAGAUUUCACCAAUUUGGUUUUGCUUUUUAAACUUGGGAUAUUCUUGUAUAACGGUUAUAAACGUCAUAUUCAUGUUUGUGUACACAAGAUUUCUUAAAAGAAAGUCGAGAAAGGAUCGGAAUAAUAAACACUUGAACAGCUGAGAUAAUAAAUACUGAUGAAACCAUUUCAACAGUGCCUAUUAUAUAUUUGAUUAAUGUUUUGAUGAAUGAAGAUAACGAUCAAACCAUGAAUAGCUGUAGUUCAUACCAAGUUAGUGAAAAUAUUUAAACACAUAGGAUCUGCGAUAUUUCUUUAAAAAUAUCGUCUGUAUUUAUUCAUAUACCUAUAAAUGUGAAAUGAAAAAAAUGUAUAAAACAUUCUUUUACCUUGAAUGUUGUACUAGAAAUGUGAUUUUUGCAUGUUGGAAAUCGGUAGGUAAUUAUCAUCGGUUCGACAAUAACGAGUUUGCGGAAACAAUCGUCAAUAUGUCCUUGAGUACGAUUAUGACUUUGAAAACAAAUAGUAUAUAAUAUAUUUUCAAUUCACUAAUUCAUAUCGAGAGUAGUUUCCCUUUAAAUUGGACACAUAAUUUUGAUUUUAAAAGUAUGAUAUCGAAGAUCAUAUCACUUUAAAACAGCUAUUAAGUAACUAUCAAGGAUACAACCAUGGAUUAAGCUAUGUGGGUAACCAGUUAGGUAUGCAGUGUCACUCUUCAAGCCACAACUGAUCCUAUAUAUUAUAUAAACAAAAUUUCAAUACAUUUAAUAUACAUGUCACAGAGACGCGUGCGUAGAAGUAAAAAUAAGACAAAUGUUUAAUCAGUGCUCCUGACAUAGAUUAAAUGACUCAAUCUUUCAUUCAUGAUAGCAAACUUUUAGCAAAUUUUGACAUGGUGACCAUCAAUACAUUCAAGGGUACACUAUGGCUUUGCAUUGAGGCCAUUGAAAAAAAGAGAUAAGACCAGGUGUUCGGGAAUGUUAAACGUCUUCUGCUUCUUUGUCGACUUCCAGCAGACAAAUAUAGGGCUAAUCUAGGUUAAGUCAAUUCCUCUAAAUGAGAAUCCCGCCGGUGACAAUAUAACUCUUCUAUAUGUUUUGAUUAUAACUGUUCCCAGUAGCAAAUCUCGUUACCACGGUAACAGCUGUAUGUAUUUUAUAUUCAUGAUGUAUACAAGUAUGUAAACAAUUAUAUAUAUCACACCUUUUCAUACUAUAGUAGC